AUGAUUAAAUUUAUCGCUUCUAGAUGGGUCAGAUUUGUCUUCAGUAAACUCAUUGUAAUUAAAAAAUACAAUAUUGCCAUCGCUAAUGACCGCUCCAAGGGGGAGAUGGAAGAAAGAAGAGCCUUGAAUGAUAAGGUUCACAAUCACCAAUUAAAUGCCGUGGUAACUCAAAACAUUCCUCUGCAUCUUGGCGCUUUUGCUCCAACUAGGACUAUCACUUAUCAUCAGAGAACAUUUGCACUAUGGGAUAAUCCUGCUGGACAUUUUGUGGAAAAAGUUCGCCUUCAGCCUAUAGAUUUUAUUGCAGAUACCAUGUUGCGUAACCUGUCAGGGGACAUAGGCAUCGAAUACGUUAAAGAAUCUGGCGCAGAGUUUGUGGUGAUUAAAGCACAUUAUGGAGAAUUUUUGGGAGCUGAGGCUGGCAAGAUAUCUUCAAAUCUACCAGGGAUACCAACUUAUACUUUCCAUUUUGAAGGCUAUGAAAUAGGGGUAUGGAAAAAUAAUGUGACAGGAGUAAUUCACGAAGUUCGCCUUCUAUCUGAAAAUUUCGUACCAUUUCACCAAUUUCACGAUCAUCCCUAUCUUAAAACUCAUUGCUUUUUUAAAGACGGUGCAUGGAUGUUGGUCCAUUCAAUAGUUGGAAAAGUUUUAGGAGCUCAACUAUUGCAUGAACCUUGCCAAUCAUAA